AUGGACCUUUACGCCUCGGCGCUGUCCCCGGCACUGGACAUCGGAACUGGCUGCUACCUGCUGGUUUUAACUGUGUUUUCCAUCAUUGGGAACCUACUGGUCCUCAUCAUGGCUUUUAAAAGAUCAGCAAGGAUGAAGCCUCCGGAGCUGCUGAGCGUCAAUCUGGCUGUGACAGACCUGGGAGCAGCCGUCAUCAUGUACCCCCUGGCCGUAGCCUCUGCCUGGAGCCACCACUGGGUGGGGGGAGAUGUUUCCUGCGUUUACUACGGCCUCGUAGGCUUCUUCUUUGGCAUCGCCAGCAUCAUGAACCUCACCGUGUUGGCCGUUGUACGCUUUGUUGUGUCCCUCAACCUGCACUCUACCAGGGAGAAAAUCAGUUGGAAGAAGGUGAAGGUUCUGUGUGUUUGGACCUGGCUGUACGCUCUCAUCUGGGCUCUGUUCCCCAUUCUGGGCUGGGGCCGCUACGGGCCCGAGCCCUUUGGCCUGUCCUGCUCGCUGGCUUGGGGCCAGAUGAAACACGAUGGCUUCUCGUUCGUCGUCUCCUUGUUCUCUGUCAAUCUGCUCGUGCCUUGUGUCGUCAUCAUCUGCUGCUACUUCGGCAUCGCCCUGAAGCUUUAUUUCACCUACAAGAAGUCGGUGAACAGCCACCGUGUUCCCAACGUUGUUAGGCUUCACCGAAGGCUGUUAAUGAUUGCUGUUUUGAUCAGCGCAGGUUUCAUAGGCUGCUGGAUGCCGUAUGGUUUGGUGAGCCUGUGGUCCAUUCUGAAUGACAGCAGUAAAAUCUCUCCUGAAGUCAGUCUGCUGCCCUGCAUGUUUGCAAAGAGCUCUACCGUGUACAACCCCAUGAUCUACUACUUCUUCAGCCAGAGCUUCAAACGGGAGGUAAAGCAGCUGGGAUGGAUGUGCUUAGGCUCCAAUCCAUGCCACGUCACCAGCAGCAUCAAUGACAACAACAUAUACAUGGUGAGUGUGAACGUGAAGAGUAAAGAAACGCCUCGGGAGACUGUGCAGGAAAUCACAGAGCUGAGACAGUAA